AUAAUGCAAUCUUGAAUAAUAAUACUCAUUACUAAUUAUAAUAAUGAUGUAAUUCAUUAAUAAUGUAAAUAAAUUAAGUUAAAUAAAGUUGAAGUUUGAAUUAUUAUGUAACGUGUCAUAAUAAUGUCCCUUUAUGGAGAAUAAUAACAAUGUAAUCUGCAAUGCUAAUAAUGUUAUCUAAUAAUAAUUCAAUGAUUAAUAAUGAUCAUGUCAUCUUUACAAAUAAUGCAGUCAUUCAUAAUAAUAAUCUUAUCUAAUAAUAAUUCAUAUAAAAAGAAGAAUUUAAUAAUACAAAUGUAUAAUUCGGACAUUUUCUGUUUCAACUUCAGCAACAUCAUCUUCAAGAACAGAGUGUGUGUGUGUGUGUGUGUGUUGUAACGCCGCACGCACGCACACAGGUCAUGUGACCAAGCUGGCAUGGACACAUGAACAGUAUGCAUGUUUGUCAAAUACGAAUUUUCCUGAUCAAGUCAGUUGUUUUGUUUGUGUUUCAGGAAGUAGCCUCGUCUUUGGUGGUGACAUCACUUCCUGCCCGCUAGUCUGUCAACAUUUGCAUGAAAGAGGGCGAAGUCUUGAGAAACAUCUUGAGCUCUGACAGGAAGUCUCCAGCGUCACUCUGGCCAGUCAGCAGGCUCGGUCGUACUCCACCAUGUUGCAGCGUCUGAGCUGAAGGAUCAGAAAAGUCUGGAAGUGGACUGGGCCUGGUGGACCCUGUACAGAACCUUCUCCUGAGAAGUGGAUCAACAAUAGAAAACAACACAAGCUGACAGAAUUCCAGGUUGUUCCGUCAGCAGGUGGACAGGAAGUUCAGUCCGGUCAGGACAUGCGUGAGUUGCUUGCAGUUCCGGCGAGACGUCAUCCUUUGUCCCCCUCCGUCACCUCGUUCUCCAUCCAAACUUCCAGGAAGUUCCCCUUCUUCCAUGUGGUCAAAUGCUGCAGGGACGAGGCAGAGGACAGCGUCUUCUUUUCCCGCCUCCAGCUCAACGACUUCAAUGUCAUCGAGACGCUGGGAGUGGGCGGUUUCGGGCGCGUUCAGCUGGUGCAGCUGAAGAGCAACCAGGCGAGGACGUUCGCCAUGAAGAUGGUGAAGAAGCGUCACGUGGUGGACAGCGGGCAGCAGGAGCACGUCCGUUCAGAGAAGGUCAUCAUGAGCGAGACGCGCUGCCGCUUUGUCGUCAGGUUGUACCGCACCUUUAAGGACAGCAAGUAUCUGUACAUGCUGAUGGAGGCGUGUCUCGGUGGCGAGCUGUGGACACUCCUGAGGGACAGGGGUUCCUUUGAUGACGCCAGCAGCAAGUUCUACACGGCGUGCGUCCUCCAGGCCUUGUCCUACCUGCACGCCAAAGGAAUCGUCUACAGAGACCUCAAACCCGAAAACCUCCUCCUGGACAGUCGCGGAUACGCCAAGCUGGCGGACUUUGGUUUUGCCAAGAAGAUGGGCUUUUCCAAGAAGACGUGGACCUUCUGCGGGACGCCGGAGUACGUGGCCCCGGAAGUCAUCCUCAACAAAGGUCACAACCUCUCGGCCGACUACUGGUCCCUGGGCGUCCUGAUGUUUGAGCUGCUGACGGGCAGCCCGCCGUUCUCCGGUCCGGAUCCUGCGAAGACCUACAGCGUCAUCCUGGGGGGCAUCGAUGCGGUGGAGUUUCCUGAGAAGGUCGCAGAGAACGCCACCGACCUCAUCAAGAAGCUGUGCAGAGAAGAGCCCAAGGAGAGACUUGGAGGUCAGAGGAACGGCGUCAAGGACAUCCAGAGACACAAGUGGUUCGACGGCUUCGACUGGGAAGGCCUGAAGAGAGGAACGCUGACUCCGCCCAUCACACCUGACGUCUCCUCAGCGACUGACACCGGCAACUUUGACACGUUCCCUGAGGACAGCGAGGCGGCGCCGCCGGACGACAACUCAGGUUGGGACUCCGACUUCUAGAACCGUGGGCCUCCAGGUCCAGGUGUGAGGGGGAACAAGAACUUGUUUGGUCUUCCAGGAAACCUUCACAAAACAAAUGGACCACAGUUUCUAGAACUUUCUUCUCCUUCCACACACGCACACACACACACUCGGUUGUUUGCAUGCUAAGGUGCUGGUCGGCGGAUGAAGACGCCAUGACAGUCACGACUCUUACAAUGCUCAGCCUCCCCCUGCUGGCCGUGACAGGAAGUGCAUAUUUUCAUAGCAUGUGACUAGAAAACAAAGGUUAUCAGCGGAUUUAUUUUCCAUAAAGUUUUCAC